AUGGCAACCGGCACACGCCUUGCGAAUAAAGUCGCCCUCGUGACGGGCUCUUCGUCCGGAAUAGGUCGAGCUAUUGCAAUUCGCUACGCAGCAGAGGGCGCCAACGUCGUCUGCGCUGACCUCUCGCCUUUAUCACGCGUCGCCGCAGUGAAGGGUUCCCUCGGCCAGGCGCCUGACGGCCAGCCUACGCACGAGAUUAUCGGGCCCAAGAAUGCAGCCUUCGUGCAGGUGGACGUCGGGGACGCAGCCGCGGUCGAGAACGCAGUCCAGUUCGCAGUGACAACAUUUGGCCGCUUAGAUGUUAUGGUGAAUAACGCAGGCAUAAGCCACGAGGCCACUGGGCCCCUCAUGAUACACGAGACGCCGGAGGACGUGUGGGAUUCGACGAUGCGAAUCAACUCGAAGUCCGUGUUCCUCGGGUGCAAAUCCGCCCUCAAGCAGAUGCUGGCUCAGGAGCCCCACGAGAGCGGUGACCGGGGCUGGAUUGUCAAUACGUCGUCCAUCAUGUCUAUAAUAGUGGGAACGGGAUGCCCAUCGUAUUGUGCCUCGAAAGGUGCAGUCUCGAGUCUGACUAGACAGGUAGCCCUGGAUUACGCGAAACACCGCAUCCAUUGUAAUGCCAUUUGUCCCGGAUUCACAGAGACUGCUAUGUUCCAGGAGACGGCGUCGCAUGCGGCGACGCGGGAGGCGCUGAGCGAUCGGCAUCCUUUCGGCGGGCUGGGGACACCAGAUGACAUUGCUAAAGUCGCCGUGGUGCUGGCGAGCGACGAUGCGAGCUGGCUGACUGGCGUGAACUUGCCCGUGGAUGGCGGUUAUGUCGUGCGUUAG